AUGGCUGCACAGACAUCUACAGAGCCCAAAACUCAUAGCGAAUACACUGUGGGAUGGGUCUGUGCUUUGCCGAAAGAACAGACCGCGGCUACGGCUAUGCUGGAUAAGAGACAUGCCGAUCUCUCAAAGCCGCCGAAUGACCCUAAUACAUACACUCUUGGGUCCAUUGGCAAGCACAAUGUUGUCAUAACUUGCCUACCGAAGAGACAGAUCGGCCCAAGCCAGGCAGCGGCUGUCGCUGCGCGGAUGGUAUCCGCUUUCCCGUCCAUCAAGUUCGGCCUGAUGGUUGGCAUUGGUGGCGGUAUUCCGACCAAGGUUAGACUUGGCGAUGUGGUGGUCAGUACACCAGUCGGCCAGUUCCCUGGUGUGGUGCAAUGGGACUUCGGCAAGGCAAAAAAUGGCGGUACCUUCGAACGGACCGGCUCUCUGAACAACCCUCCAACCUUAUUGCUAUCAGCCUUAUCGAAAUUGGAGACGGAGCAUGAGAUGAAAGGGUCAAAUAUACCGGAGUAUCUGGACGAACUGAAAGAGAAAUGGCCAAGACUGGUGCCGAAGUAUCUGAGAUCUGAUUCAUUCAAGGAUAUUUUGUUCAAAGCAAAUUACAGCCAUGUCGACAAGAGCACCACCGAAUACGACGUCCCCUCAGACGACGACGAAAUAGACGAGGAGGAGGAAGAAGAAGAAGAAGAAGAAGAAGAAGGUUGCCGAUUCUGUGACAAGACAAAAAUCGUGAAGAGAAAGCCCAGAGAAAUGCGUGUGCAUUUUGGCCUUAUCGCAUCUGGAAACCAAGUCAUCAAGGACGCUGCCCUCCGCGAUAGACUCAAUAAUGAUCUUGGCGGUCACGUUCUUUGUGUCGAGAUGGAAGCGGCGGGACUGGUGAAUAACUUCCCAUGCAUCAUCGUUCGAGGAAUCUGCGACUAUGCGGAUUCACACAAGAACGAUGAUUGGCAGGAGCAUGCUGCUGCGGUGGCGGCUGCGUUUGCAAAGGAGCUUCUCGAGUAUGUACAGCCGAACGACGUCGACUGCGAGCGCCCAGUGAAGGACAUACUAGGCCGAAUUCUUGACUCUGUGUCUGGGACCGCUGGAGAUGUUCAAUCCAUAAGAUCCAUAUUAGGAAAAAAGGAAGACCUUGAGAUCCUCGACUGGCUUACCCCAAUCACCUACGGUCCUCAACAGAGCGACUAUCUCUCCAGGCGCCGGGCAGGAACUGGCCAAUGGCUUCUUGAUUCUGCCGAGUUCCAGACUUGGUUAAACACAGAGAAGCAGGUGUUGUUUUGUCCAGGCAUUCCCGGUGCUGGGAAGACAAUCCUCGCCUCUAUUGUGGUUAAUGAUCUCAAUAAACGAUUUUACAAAAACAACAAUAUAGGCAUUGCGUAUGUCUACUGCAAUUUCCGGCAGCAAGCAGAGCAGACAGCCGACAGAUUAGUAGCCAGUUUGCUGAGACAGCUAGCUAGCAAUCUGCUUUCUCUACCAGCGUGCGUGAAAGACCUCUAUAAUCUCCACAAGUCCAAACGAACGCAGCCAUCACUUGAUGAACUCUCAAAAACGCUCCAAUCCGUGUCGACUAUAUAUUCACGAACCUUCAUCGUUGCCGACGCACUUGAUGAAUGCCAGGUAUUCGACGGCUGUCGAUCGAAGUUCCUGUCAGAGAUAUUCUCCCUCCAGAUGCGUAAAGCAAAUGUCUUUGCGACUUCACGACCUAUCCCAGAAAUAGCAGAGCAAUUCAAAGGAAAUCCAACAUUGCAAAUUCAUGCAAGAGACGAAGAUGUGCGGAGAUAUCUUGACGGUGAAAUGUUCCGACUUCCGAGUUUUGUCACUGGCAAUUUAGAAUUACAGGAGGAAAUCAAGACUGGCAUCGUUGAAUCAGUCGAUGGCAUGUUUCUGCUUGCACAACUUCACCUCGAUCUAUUAGUUGGGGAAAGAUCGGCAAAGACGACCCGUACUGCUCUGAAGAGACUACCGACAGGAUCCGAGGCAUAUGACAAGGCAUACGCCGAUGCGAUGAAGCGAAUUGAAGGACAGAUAGAAAAACCAAAAAUCCUCGCCAAAGAGGUCCUUUCAUGGAUCACCUACGCCAAGAGGACUCUGUCCACAACAGAGCUUCAACAUGCCCUUGCAGUGGAAGUUGGAGAGGAUGAGCUCGAUGAAGACCACCUGCCACAGAUUGAAUACAUGGUCUCAUUAUGCGCGGGACUGGUCACAGUGGACAGGAACAGUGGCACUAUACGCUUAGUCCACUACACGACCCAACAGUAUUUUGAGCGAACGCGGGAUACGUGGUCCCCUAAUGCACACAGUGAUAUUACCAAAAUCUGCACUACCUACCUAUCGUUCCGUACCUUUGGGAGCGGGGUUUGUCAAACAGAAGCCGAGUUUGAGGAGCGACUUGAGUUAAAUCCGCUGUACAACUACGCCGCCCGCAACUGGGGAUAUCAUGCCUACGGUGCUUCGGGUUGCCCUCAGGGUGUUAUUCAAUUUCUCCAGAAAAAAGCUCAUGUGGAAGCCUCAAGGCAAGGAUGGUGCUCAUUAGGUGAAAGCCAAUAUUUUCCGAGGCAGAUAACAGGGCUUCACUUAUCAGCGUACUUCGGGAUUAAGGAAGCAUUUAAGGUCCUUCACACAACAAUUGAAACUGACGUGAAAGACACUGAUAGCCGGACGCCAUUGUCGUAUGCUGCGGAAAAUGGCCAUGACGCAGUCGUUAAGCUGUUGCUCGAAUAUGGGGCCGACACCCGCUCUGAAAAUUCAAGUGGCCGGACACCGUUAUUGUUGGCAACGUUGUACAAUCAUCAAUCUAUCAUAAAGACGUUGGUCGACCAUAAUGCUAGCGUCGUUUCUGCUGAUCGAUAUGGCGACACACCUCUGAGAUGGGCAAGGAUUAACGGAAGCGAAGCGGCGGCCACGCUGCUACUAGAGAAGGACACAGAGGCAGACUCUAAUCACAGCAGUCGUCUAGAAAUGUUUCAUUGGGCUGCAGAUGAAGGCCACGAGAAGCUGCUCAGGCAGCAACUCCAAAAUGGGAUAGACGUCAACUCCAUCAUGGACUUUGGGUAUAAACGUUCAGCCUUGUUACAAGCUACUGCGAACGGACAUGACGCAGUCGUGAAAUUACUGCUUGAAGCAGGAGCAAACGUGGACUUGAGUGAUACUGCCGGUGAUACACCCUUAUCAAAAUCCGCUAGUAAUGGACAUCCAAAUUUGGUUCAACUAAUUCUCAGUCAUGGCGCCAACCCCAAUUCCAAAAUUGGAGGGGCCCGGGUGCCGCUGGUGUCGGCGGCGUUCAAAGGGCAUCAAACGGUGGUCAAGCUGCUUCUCGAAAACAGUGCAGACGCUAAUGCUGAGGACGGAGUUGGCCGGACACCGCUUGUGUCAGCAGUGUUGGAAGGGCAUCAAACGGUGGUCAAGCUGCUUCUUGAGAACGGUGCAGACGAUAAUGCUGCGGACGGACUUGGCCGGACACCGCUGGUGUCAGCAGCGCUGAAAGGGCAUCAAACGGUGGUCAAGCUGCUUCUCGAAAACGGAGCAGACGCUAAUGCUGGGGACUGA